UAAAGAGUUCUGAGAAAUGGGAAGGUGGACAUCAUGUGAGUGGUUUUACCUGAUUCGUAUCUGAAGCAUGGAGAUCAAAUUAGAAGUUCUAACAUCAACAAGUAUCAAACAGAAGAAACCUUGGCCACGAGUCUCCUGGUUGGGACAGGAAAAUGAAGCUGUUUUUCUGUUGGAUGAUAAAUUCAUAAAUGAAAUUAAUCUGCUCUCAGGAAGGACGAAGAAGAAGAUUCCGAGUGUACAGCCUGUGUUGAAGGAUGUCACUGCCCUGACAACCUCUAGUAAUGCUGCCUGGCUGGCUGGGGCACUCGCUACAGGGGACCUUUUUAUUUGGAACAAAGAUCAAGAUUGUUUGAAAACCAUACAAGUCGCUGAAAAACCUAAAGAAAUAAUUAAAGCUACUGUAGCAUGCUCCUUCAGAUUGUACUUGUAUGUGUCUGGAAAUGGGAAAAGAAUUCUGCUUGUAACGCUCUCUGGAUGCGUUUUUCUCUGGGAGUAUUUGGAAUCACCGACUAUCUUCUCUUGUAAAAGCCUUUCAUUAGUGGGUCGAUGGUCCCAGAUCAGACCUGAAGAAGCAGUUAUUUUGCCUUCCCCUGAAGAUAAGGAAGCUGUAGUGAAUGCUGUCUUUGUUAAAAAUGAGCUGUUUGGUGACUGCUGCCUCUGUGCGUUUAGCUUUUAUUCUGGGGAAUGCCUGAGGUUAACAUUUCUGGCAAUUCGAUGGCAAGAGAAUGUGUUUACACCUUUAAGAUUACUACCAUUCCACGUCUGCUGGGCGCAACACAAUUGUGCUCUGUGCGAUCUGCGUCCUAAGUGCGAGUCCGUGAAGUCAAGAGGAGCUCUCAUUUCUGCCUUUUCAAGAGACGGCCUUACCCUGGCAGUAACUCUGAAUCAGAAAGACCCGAAGGCAACUCAGGUAUUAUUUAUCAACACAGUGAAUUUUGCUACUGUUUCUGGUAGCCUUAAAGGCUGUAGUAAUAAGAACCCUGUGGUUCCAGCUGCGCUUGUCAGGUCCUAUUGGAUAGGUGACAUCAGCUGGACUCAUGAUAGUCUUUUUCUGGCUUGUAUAUUAAAGCGUGGCUCCUUGUUUAUAUUGACAUGCCAAGGUGAAUUGCUAACGUUAAUUACCUUCGGUUGCUCUAUAGAAUUUGGGCCAGCAGAAUUUAUUCCUCUUCAUCCUCUAAUAACGUACAGACCACAGCAUUUCAUGGGUCAAGAUUCGCAGAAUUCCAUAGAUUCAUCAGCUUCUGAGAAUGACCCUAUGAGACAGAGAUUUUCUGUAAAAACACAUUCCCGGCUGCCCUACUUCAUUGCUUCUGAUGGUUACAUGGUCACAACCCUGCGGUUUGUUGAUAGACUGUCUCCAUCCUUGCUCAUGAGGUCACUGCUGCUCGACUCCACCCUGAGGCUUGAGAAGGCCUAUCAAAGUAUGUCAUCCCUGAAGCCAAAAAGCAAAGGGCUGAACUUACGAUCACUGGAUUCCCUGAGGUCCAGCCUGUUAAAACACCACGGAAGUGAGGGUACGGCGGAUCCCACUGUCCCCAGGUUUUUGCAGGCAAGAGAAACAAUGGACUUGAAUGGAAACACAGAGGAAGAUCAGGACUUCGAAGCAGAGGAAGUGAAUGAAGGCAAAUACUUUCCAAACCACUUAUUUCCUUUUUGGAACCAAAAACAUGACGAGCGGUUCAGUAGUAUCAAGGAGGGAAGAUUGGAAUUUGCAUCUAUGUUUGAUACGAUACAUGCAAAGGAUGACGGCAAGGAGGCAGACAGAACUGAGGGAGAGCUGCAUUCCAUCCAGAAAAAUCUGCUGUCAGCAUGGGCUGUAGGCAUUUCAAAAAAUGUGACAGAAAAAAAUACAAUGUUAAAUUACACAGUGAUCUGUAUCACUCAUUUUUUCUACAUUCUUCAAUUUAUAAAGUGUCCUUUUCCUAAACUUGAUCUGCCUUUAAGUGAGACCAGAAAACAUAAUGCAUGGCUACUUUGUAUCUUUGAGUUUUUCCUUCAGUGUUUGUCAGUCCAGUAUUGGGAUGUGAGGUACAGGCACGAUGUGGGAUAUUUGAUAAAGCUGACCUCAAAUACCAUCAGACUCUGUCUGGAUCAGCAACAGAAGGGUCGGUUGUUCUCAGAGAAACUUUUAGCCUGUUUUUAUUUACUCAGAAUGGUCACUGACGGUUUAGAUGAUGUAUACAGCCUUCACCAUGAAGUUGUUUCAGCAUCAGCUGAAGGAAACAGAACAGCAGAUCAAGACUCCUUGGUGGUGCCUGUUUUUCAAAUGUUGCAAGACCGUAAUUCUCAUGGAAACUGGACAUGGAAGUCAUCUUUCAAGAUUCAUCCACAAGUAACACGUGUUCAACAACCAGGACAUAGAUUGGUUGUUCUCUGGAGAUUAUUGUACCAGAAAACUUUAUGGUAUCAAGCACAGUUAGGUCAAAGAGUUCCAGAAGGUGACAGACCGUUAAUUGAUAAGAUGGCGUUCGAAGCAUCUACUGUCAAGUCCUUGUUGUGCCACAUACAGGCCAACUUACAGACUGCUGGAGACCGUUUGAACCACACCUUAGAGCUUAAACCUAUCAAUGGUGAAGAGUGUUUCCUGUUAGGUGAAUAUGAAAAGUCUGUUGAUUGGUGGAAUCGGGCACUACGAGAAGCCCAAGAGGAAGGAGGAAGAAGGACGUGUUUUCUUCAGACGCGCUAUUAUCUUUCUGUAUUAUACUGCUACCUCUAUAGUUACAAUUUAAAUGAUGCUCAAGGAUUAUGUGACCUACUAGUGAGGGAGAUACUGAGAUGGUCCCAGCUGCCUGUAAAUGAACACGACGAUUUUUCUGAGACAUAUCUCGGUGAGUUUGGAAUGACUGGACGUGUCCAUCCAGAGGCAGCAAUCAGAGCUGUCCAAGCCAUGGCUCGUUUCAUGACUGCCUAUUUCACCAAUCAGCUGCUCUGCAUUUUGCCCCCUCACAAUGUGAAUGUUCUUCCUCCAGUCCAUAUGAAAACAGAGCAGUCCCUGCGACUUAUACCUCUGCAACACUCUAAGGUGGCCGCUGCUGUUAGAACUCAGAAUCUCUCCAGUGUGUGGACUGUUGAAUACGCCCUGGAAUUACUGUUUAUUGGUGGCCUGGUUCCUGAGGCUGUGUGGUUGGCACAUAAACUUGGAGAUUGGAAGACAUCUGUUUCGAUCGGUGUGGCUUUCCAGUUGUUCUGUAAACAUGAUAGCAAUUUCACAAGGUCUAGAAAAAAGGGUCUGAAUCUCCCAUUAAGUAUGACUCCAGCACAGGUUUUCCAGGAAAAACUGAAGGGUUUUUUGGGUCAGCCAGCCUCUGUGGAAGCAAAAACUGAAAUCCGUUCAAAAUGUAAACAAUUUACAGAUCCCAUUGAGGAGGAAGAUGCAAACGUGCUGUUGGGUUCAGUCCAGGAAGUGCUGAAAGCGUCGGUCAUGGCGGAUGCGGACGUCCUCUCGGAGGCACUGCAGCUUCUGAUGCACUCCGCCAAGGACUUCAGUAGGAGGCUCUGGGGCUUGGUGCCAGUGGGCUUGUACCUCCCUGCUCCGCCGUUGUAUUGUCCCCAGCCAGCUAUUCUUAGCGAAGAAGAUGGUGAUGAUCUUCCUCUAAAAGCCGAAAAAGACAAUCGCCAAAAGGUGUCUGGAAUCCUCCAGCGUGUUCUCCUGCUUUUCCGAGCCGCUCGGUGUUCCGUUCCUGUGGCGCAGUGGUAUAUCUUGCAGUUGAGAUGGGCACGAAAAGUCAUGCAGAAGAUUCGAAUGAAAGGAUCCCUUCCUGCAUUGGGUCCUUUCCCUGAGUCUUUACUCAAUUACUGUAAAGGAGGCAUAGCAUUCUUUAGACCGGGCGCGACUGGAGACCGCAAGCUUGAUGCAGUUUCCAUCACAGCAAUAGGUUGCUUCAGGGAGCUCUGCGCUUUGUGUUGGAUGCUGCACGUCCGUGAUCAGUUAUCCUACAGCUGCAGACAGUAUCAAAAAGCAAGAGAAAGCAUCAAGAGAGAAAAGGACCUGGAAGUCGAGUUUGAUUCUUGUAUGGUUGAGCACUGCCUCAAUGCAGUAGAUUGGGCUUACCGAAUGCUGCCUUUUUCUCGGUUUUUUAAUGUUGAGGAACUUAUUCAGGACAUAAUUUUGAGCCUUCUUGGAGAAUUGCCACCAAUCAGAAAGGUAGCGGAAGUAUUUGUGAAAGCCUUCCCCAAUCCCGAGGACAUAAGAGUUCCUUUAAGAGAGAAAUACCAUUGUCUUCAGCAGCGACUCCGGCACUGUGUUGUAAAAGGUCCCCAGACCGAGGAGAAGAUGUCUGUCGUCAUGCAUUCUGUCCGCAAAGUGAGCGUGAAAGCCCUAAAACGCGUGCGGAGAAACAUUGGGUUGUUCGAGAUGAAUAUAUGGGAACCUGCUGAAGAGAAGCCGGAAGAGCCUGGAGGCCUUGACAGGUUCUCCCUGGGGACCAGCCUCAGUAGGAGCACCCUCACGGAUCUGGCGAGUUCCCUGACUCACAGCGAGGCCGACACUGCAGAGACGCGCUCGGAAGCGUUUCCUGUGGAAGGGAGAAGCGGCAUGUGUCUAUCUCAGAGAAGUGCCACCAAUCCUAUGGACUGGACAUUGAUUGACAAGCCUGGUGAUAAAAAGAAAAGAAGCAAUCAGAACCUACAAGGAAACCCUCAAAGGAAAGAUCAUGGAAAGUUACCACAAAAUGGACUUCCUGUGAUAGGUGUUUGGGAAUUUGAACGUGAUGAUGAUGAAUAUAUUAAAUUCCUUGACCUCUUCUUGAGUUAUGUUCUAGAAAGAGACCUACAGAAUUCCAGGAAUCCCGGCAUUCCAUUGCUCACCAGCUUUUCUGGACAGCUUAGAGAACAUGAACUGAAUUCUUUACUUUUUGAUGUACAUACAACAUUGAAACGACGCCAGGGCAAGACCAAGAGCCAGAGUGUGUUCAGAGCUGGUUCAUGCUUUGUCGUCUCUCCCGAGUGUCAGGAUUCGGAGAAAUCUUCCUCCUUAUGCAAGGAAAGCACCCUCCACUUGGGACAGCAGGCACUUUCAUCUUCAGUUCCGGUUCAUCCAGGGAUCAGGCCUCUUUUAGAGAACCGUAUAAAUGAAGUCAGUGAAAACGAAGGUAGGAAUGGAUUGUUUGGCUUAAAACAAAAGUCAGUUUACAGAGUACAAGCUGAUCAUCGAGAGAAGCCGCAGAUCCUGAGAUCAUCAGACCUAUCUGGAACUCCCCCGUGCACCAAAGCCAAGAGAUCUGUUUUCAGAGCAAUUCAGGAGGGUGACAUGAGCCCUCGGGAAGACCUUCCCCCAGCACUCGGCGACACACUGGGCCGUGUAGGACGACUCCUGGAGUGGAUGAUAAGGUGGUCUGACAGGAGACUGCUCUGUGACCCUGGCACACUGCAGUCACCUUGUGGGUAUAGACCAGUGAUUCGUGUAAGGACCUCUGCAGCCGCCAUCCUGACCUCACUGUGGCUGCUGGAACAGCCCUAUUUUGUUACAUACAAGGCAAGAAGUGCCAGUAUUAAGGUGCUAGGAAAUCAUCCUGCUGGGUCUCAGACUGGAUUCGGUACUCGGAGGGAGCUCAGAACAGAUGCUGGCUGUUCAGCUGCAGCGGCUCCGCAUAGAACUAAGGCAAGAAUUAAUCAGAAGCAAUCUUGUUCCAGUAUCUACAAUAGAAAUCCAAUGGAAGCAGAAGCCCCUGAAAUAGAAGAAACCAGUGAAGAGAUUGUUUCCAUCUCUCGUAACACCGAAAAGGAGCGUGUGUGUGUCACUGAGGAUGUGUUAGAAGUGGAAGCAUUUACACAGGAGGAAGUGGGUGUGCACUUAUCAGACUGUGAAGAGUAUGCUGGAGACACUGGAGGAAGUCUCCAAAGUCCCAGUGUUGCCCUUUGCAAGCUGACUUCGCCUCAGAAGUUGGAAGAACAUUUCACAGAAGUGUUCCAGUUCCCCAGGGAUGAACCAUCAGAGACAAGUAAGGAGGAAGAGCAGACUGAACUGGAAAGUAAGGUGAAACCUGCAGGAAUUGUAAUGAUUGACGCCCUCGAACACCCUGAACAUGCCAUUUCUCCCUCUUUUAGGGCAGAUACAAACUCAGAAAUGUCUAGUGCGCAGAUUUCUGCAUGUGAAGCAGAGCCUCCAGCCCCGCCCCCGGUGCCAAGUGGAGUCAGUGUGGCUUCACAAACGCCUGCAGCUCCUCGGCAGACGCAGGGCCACGAGCACGUGGCUCCGUCGCCAAACCCUUCUGGUUCUGUUAGUCAGCUGCUCCAAGAUGAAAUGCUGAAAUUAGUUCAGCUGCAACAGAUCAACUUCUUGAGCUUAAUGCAAAUAGUAGGAUCUUCCUUCUCUAACCUGCCAGAUAUACAUCAGCUCCUUCAGCCGUCUCAGCCUGUGCGCUUACAGGAAAGGCAAGCAUCGAACCCCACAAACAGAAAUGAUUGUGUUGAAGAGAACAGCAGAAAUCCUAAGGAAAGUUCUUUCAUUAAGCCACAUUCGAUGGGAGGGUACAGCAAAGAACCUGGCAAGGACAGCCCUCACUGCCAAGAAGGAAUUACCCAAGCUGAUCAAAACAGCAAUGGGAAUUUACCGAAUGUUCCACAUGAGAGUAUUCCUUCACUUCGUUUAGGCAGCCAAACCCAGAAGAGAGAACCAACUCCAGCAUCUGAAAGCUUGCCACCCUCAGGGUCGGCCGUGGCUCCUGCUGGAAGUACUCACCUCUACCUUCUGUCCACACCUUCUGUUUUUCCGAAAACACCUAGACUCCUCCCGCCUGCAGAAACUUUUAGUCCUAGCGAUGGUUUUCCUUUGCUUCAUUUUCUGCCUAAGCAGGAGUUCAGGCCCCUUUGCUUACCUGCAGUUCCCAUCAGGCCUCUGGCCCAACCAAGAGAGGCUUGGGGAGUCUCGGACUCUUUGCAGCCUCCUCUGACCCAGACUGUAAUGUGCCCUCCAUCAGUAUCUCCUUGGGAUGGAAGCCAGCAUAAUGAGGAAGCCGCCUCAACAGCUGCUGGGAAGCGGGCACAAACUGUGGCUAGAGAGAUCCCGAAGCAGGUGAACUUGGAUUGGGAUGUUGGACCUGCAAACGUGACACCUCAGCAGGAUUCUUCAGUAAUGUUAAGUCCCCCCAAAAUACCUAAUAUUAAGGUGGGGCCCCUGGAGAUUCCUCCUCCGAAUUCCCUUGGACUCCCCUUGUUGCACCUACAAUUUCCUCCUCCACUGGUCUCGGCGAGCUCCAGGGCAUCAGUUGCAGUUCCUGCAGUACCUAUCAGAGCUGUUGCAGAGGAGAGCAAAUUUUCAGGACUAUCAUUGCUUCAUUCAUGCUUAUCUCCAGAAAAUACGUAUAAGAAGCCACAGCUCAUCCCACUUGAAAACCUCCUUGCGUUUAAACAACGCCAGCAGAAGCUGACACAUAACUUAUUUGAACAAGGUGAUUCUGCACAGCUGCAGCUUCUGAAGGCCAAAAUUGAAUCGUCUGAAGUAAGACAAGAAAAGGACAGUAAAAAAAGGCAAAAGCGUCGAGCCCUCAAAGAGCUGCAAGCAAAAAGCUCCGAGAAACUGAAAAGACACCCAACUGUCACUUCACAACCGGAGGAUUCAGUCACCAAGAGCGCUCAUCCCCAAGCGGCUGUGAAACCCCAGGAAGAGCAGGAGCGUCACGCUUCCCAGCCUGCGGAUGGGUUUGAUAUUCCCUUUGAAAUGCUGCAAGAUGACAUUAGUUCUUCAGCUGGACUGCAUUUCAUGGCUUCUGUAAGGAAGAAAGCUGCAGGAAGCCAGGAUGCAAGUACAAACACAGACCCAGAGCAUGAACCUUUGCAGAUUCCUCAGCAGUUGGUUCCAGAUGUGUGUCUAAACCCCGAAUUUUCCUUGGAAGUGCCAGAGAGGGCUUCGUCACCUUCAGCAUUUAAUAUGACAACAAAUUCGGCGGGCCAUGCUUACCUGGCUGUGAUGGACAUUCAGGCUGAUGAGCUGCUGCAGGAGCUGGCCGACACCGAAGGGCCUUCCUGUGCCAGCGUGCCCGUGCCAGCCCCGUCGGGUGCCGAGCUGCACUACCUGGCCGCCUCAGUUACCAAUGCUGUUCCUCCACACAGGUUUAACAGUCAAGACUGUGCCAGUUCGGCUCUGGGUUUACUGAGACCUGCAGAAGAGACUCCAGGACUUCUGGAAGGAAUAAGCUGGAGAGCGGCUGUUACCGAAGCGAAGGAGCCCAGCUUCUGCUCAGCUGCUCCACCAGCCAGGCAGCAGGACGGAGGUGAAUGGCGAGACAGCCCUCCUGCCCCGGGAAGAGCCAGAGAAGAACAGGCAGAGACUAGAAAAGAUCUUCUGUCCACGAGUUCAUUUUCCAGAUGCCCGCAGCAGCCCAGGCUGGGCCCGGAUGAAGAUGCAGCCAAGCCGGAGCUCAGAGCAUGGAGCACGGAAGCCGCCCGUGCGGAAGGGGAGCUGCUGCAGAGCCGGCCGCGGGAGACCCCUGCACCUCGGCCCACUCCCAGCCCCGCGGCCCGCUGCCUCCAACGCCUCACCGCCAAGCUCCGGGAGAUUGACGAGCAGCUGCUGGCGGUGCAGAACAUUGCCCAAAGCAUAGAGCAGGACUUCCCCGGGCCCGAAGUGCUGGAUCGCCACAGUUCCAAGUUUGGACAGGUGAACCACGGUGAAUUGUCUGCUGGCUUUGAAUUUGAAAAACCAUUCCCUUCCAAAACCAUUAGCGUCUCUGAAGAAGUGCGAGUCCUGGCUCCUGUGGAUGAGGAAGAUCAGAGUGACCCGGAGGAGACUUCAGCCCAGCUGUCCAGAGCAGAGCCUCUGUGUCCUCAGCAGCCCCGCGUGCUUCCUGGUGAUGCAGCGGCCAGCCCCUCCAGUGGCCAGGACACGCCUUUUCCCGGUACAAAUAACAGUGAGGAGUUCCCUGACAGCCUUUCCGCAGAUGCGCUCCAGGCGGCUGGGCUGACGGACAUCGCAGACAUUAUUGAUGAUCUUCUAACCGGAGGUGGAGUUUCCAGUGAGGAGCUUGGCCUUACAGAACAGCAAGCUAAGAGCAUCUCCAGGAUUCAGCGUUCUUCUGGCAAACGUCCACAAAGAACUGAGAAGGAGAGGAGAGAGAUCCAAGUGUGGAUGAAAAGAAAGCGGAAGGAAAGGAUGGCAGAGUACCUGAACGAGCUGGCAGAGAAGCGAGGGCAAGAGCAUGAGCCCUUCUGUUCCCGCAGCGACCCAUUUUAUAUGACCUCAAGGGAAAUCAGACUGAGACAAAAGAUGAAGCACGAAAAAGACAGGUUGCUGCUGCGUGACCACUACAGUCGUCGCAUCUCACAAGCAUACACUUUAAUGAAUGAACUGCUGUCUGACUCAGCUCGGCUCCCGGGAGCCACUCACAGACCAGCGCCCCCCAAACCCAGCCCGGCCCAGGCCCCCAGAGGCCACCAUUGCCCUUCUCCAAGAAGGGAGAAUCAGCACGGUCACAACUGUCCAGUAAACCGACCUGGAAAAUGCAGAUACACAAGGAAACCAAGUUGCACCAAUAAGAAGAAACCUUUUGGGCAACUUCAGAGUUCACCUUGGGCACAUGGAUCCGCCACCUGGACCGUGCAAGAAAGAGCGGGCAGUGCCAGAUCUGCAGGAAGAAAGCCUGCGAGGUCCCCAGUCACCCUCCAAAGAGGUUCCCAUAUUGCACGUCAUAGUCGGCAACAUACAAUAAAACAAGGAGGUGCUGGGCUUGACCCGCGAACGCAGGAGGCACGUGUGGAGUGUGAGAGAGAGGAGGCUGUGCUGAGUCCCUGGACGUUACCUUCCGAAGUCCAGGCGAUCCUUCAGCGGAGGCACAGCUCCCUGUCCCCGGAUUUGUCAGCAACCGAAGGUGAAGAGUUAAAGCUGCCCUUUGGGGUGAGGGGCGUGGACAGCGUGUCCGAGAGCACGGGCAGCAUCCUGAGCAAGCUCGACUGGAACGCCAUCGAGGACAUGGUGGCCAGCGUGGAGGAGAAGAGUCCCUCUGUGCACUGGCCGCUGGACCUGUGAGCGCUGGCCAGCAUUCCUGAAGACAGGCCAGGGCCUCAGGAACGUGACCUGGGGAGCAGCAGCGCAGGAAGCAAAACGACCUGCCAGCCAACGCCCUGUGACUGCAUGGAGGAUAAUACACACGGCCCAACAAUUCCAACUACUUGGAAAAAGGAAAAGUUAACUAUAAAUAUUAUAUUCUUUGACUUGUCUUUAGAUGUAGUUUAAAACAUAUAUACCUUUCAGGAAGAACUUACAUAAUAAACUACUUUUAAUGAAAACCUUA